AUGCAUGCAAAACAGUGGACCCUCUUCACCAUAUUAUUCCUGCUUUUCUCCUUCUCUUUAAUCGCCUCUGCCGUCGACCAUCAAGGCCAAACUCUCCUAUCAUGGAAACAAUCUCUGAACUUAUCGGCCCAAGAGUUGAACAAUUGGGAUUCAAAUGAUGAAACUCCUUGUGACUGGUUUGGAAUCACCUGCAACUUCAAACGGGAAGUUGUGGAAAUGGAAUUCAGGUACGUGGAAUUGGGGGGUAGAAUUCCCACUAAUUUUAGCUCAUUGUUGACCCUGAACAAGCUCAUCUUGGUGGGAACAAACCUCACUGGUUCAAUUCCUAAAGAGAUUGGCGAUCUAAGAGAAUUAAAUACAUUGGACCUGAGUGGCAAUGGCUUGACAGGAGAAAUCCAAAUUGAGAUAUGUGGUUUGCUCAAGCUCGAAAAUGUCGAUCUCAGCUCAAAUAGACUUGUGGGCUCGAUACCAGCUGAAAUUGGGAAUCUUACGAUCCUUAAAGAGCUUGGUCUUCAUGAUAAUCAACUUAGCGGUCAAAUUCCCAGAAGCAUAGGUAACUUGAAGCAGCUUAAGGUGAUCAGAGCUGGUGGGAACAGAGACAUGGAAGGCAAUAUACCUCCAGAAAUUGGGAACUGUACCAAUUUGGUUUAUGUAGGCUUUGCAGAAACCAGAAUUUCAGGCUCUCUGCCACCCAGUUUAGGCUUGCUCAAGAAGCUCAAAACACUCGCAUUGUACACAACCUUUCUCUCUGGCCAAAUUCCUCCUGAAAUUGGAAACUGCAGUGAGCUCCAACACAUGUUCAUCUAUGAGACAUCGCUCGCAGGCUCGAUUCCAACCAGUUUCGGGAAUCUCCAGAACCUGCAAAAUCUGUUUCUAUAUAGGAACAGAUUGAUGGGCACGUUGCCAAAGGAGCUUGGAAACUGUCAUCAAUUAUUGAGUAUUGACAUUUCAAUGAAUUCUUUGACGGGAAGCCUUCCAACCACAUUUGGUAACGUGACUUCGCUACAAGAAUUGAACUUGGGAAUGAACAAUAUAUCAGGCGAGAUCCCAGCCGAGAUUGAGAAUUGGAGGGAACUUACUCACUUGAUGCUUGACAACAACCAAAUCAUGGGUUUGAUACCAUCAGAACUAGGGAAUUUAAAAAAUUUGAGAACGUUAUUCUUGUGGCAUAACAAGCUCGAGGGAAGUAUUCCGUUUUCAAUUUCUAGCUGCCAGAUGCUUGAAGAGAUGGAUUUAUCAGUCAAUAGCUUGACAGGCCACAUUCCUGGAGAAAUUUUCCAACUCAAGAAGCUUAACAGCCUCAUGCUCAUCUCCAACAAUCUUUCGGGCGUUAUACCUCCAGAGAUCGGAAAUUGUUCAUCGCUAAAUCGUUUCAGAGUUAACAAGAACAUGCUUUUCGGCGCUCUCCCACCCCAGAUUGGGAAUUUGAAGAAUCUGAGUUUCUUAGACCUUGGAGAGAAUCGGUUCUCUGGAGUAAUACCUGAUGAGAUUUCUGGGUGCAAGAAUCUAACAUUCAUCGAUAUACACUCCAAUUAUAUUACUGGAGCUUUACCCUCAGGUCUCAGCCACCUUAUUUCCCUUCAAAUCAUCGACUUCUCGAACAAUUUAAUUGAAGGGAAUCUAAAUCCUGGUCUCGGACUGUUGAGCUCGCUCACAAAACUCAUUCUGUACAACAAUCGAUUUUCCGGCCCAAUCCCAAGUGAGCUCGGUUCCUGCUUGAAGUUACAAUUAUUGGACCUGAGUGUUAAUCAACUUUCCUGUAAUCUUCCGGGAAAGCUGGGAGAAAUUCCGGCGCUGGAGAUCGCUCUAAACCUAAGUUGGAACCAACUUGAAGGCGAGAUACCGAAGGAGUUCGCUUAUUUAGACAGACUCGGAAUCUUGGAUCUCUCACACAACCACCUCAGCGGCGACCUCCAAAUCAUCGCCGUAAUGCAGAAUCUUGUGGUACUCAACAUCUCCGAUAACAAUUUCUCAGGCCGAGUUCCGAUGACUUCCUUCUUCCGAAAACUCCCUCCUAGCGUUCUCUCCGGUAAUCCAGAUCUCUGCUUUGGCAGCCAGUUCACCGACGAAAAUGGAGGCAAAAACUCAAGGCGUGAAUCAGCGUCUCGCAUAGCAGUGGUGGUGCUACUGUGCAUAGCUUGGACGCUUCUCAUGGUGGCGUUUUACAUGAGCUUCGGAUCGAAAAAAAGGGCCCAAAGACGCUUCUACGACGACCACGACGGCGACGGCGUCGAUAGCAACUUGGAGAUUGGCAAUGAACUCGAAUGGGAGAUGACGUUCUAUCAAAAGCUCGACCUAUCAAUAUCUGACGUCGCAAAGAAACUGACAGCUGGCAACAUCCUCGGCCGUGGCCGAUCCGGCGUCGUUUACCAGGUCAACAUCCAGCCCGGUUUAACAAUUGCCGUCAAACGGUUCAAGACAUCGGAGAAGUUCGUCGCCGCCGCAUUCUCCUCUGAGAUCUCAAUUCUAGCCAGUAUCCGACAUAGGAAUAUCAUCCGGUUGCUCGGUUGGGCAGCAAAUCGGAAAACGAAAUUGCUAUUCUACGACUACUGGCCACACGGAAGCCUUGGCGAUCUGUUACACGAGCGGUGCUCUAGUGGAUAUGUAAUCAGCUGGAAUGCUCGGUUAAAGAUCGCCAUCGGCGUGGCAGAUGGAUUGGCUUACUUGCAUCACGACUGCGUUCCCGCGAUUUCGCAUCGUGACGUGAAGGUCCAAAAUAUACUGUUGAGUGAUGAAUACGACGCGUGCCUCACAGAUUUUGGAUUCGCUAGAUUCAUUGAAGACAAUCCGAACAACUCCUCGUCGGCAAAUCCACAAUUCGUCGGAUCUUAUGGCUACAUUGCACCCGAGUAUGGUCGCAUGCUAAAAGUAACAGAAAAAAGCGAUGUGUAUAGCUAUGGAAUCGUACUUUUAGAGAUGAUUACCGGAAAAAAGCCUGCUGAUCCUUCAUUUCCAGAAGGCCAACACAUAAUCCAAUGGGUUCAGCAUCAUCUAUACAGCCAGAAAGAUCCAAUCGAGCUUCUGGACCCAAAGCUUACGAUCCAUCUCGACGCGGAAGUUCAAGAAAUGUAUCAAGUCCUCGAAAUCGCUCUUCUGUGCGCCUAUCAUCGCGCCGAUGAUCGCCCGACAAUGAAGGACGUUGCUGCAUUAUUGAGAGGAAUUCGAACCGACUCAACAAUGAUGACGAUCAAGGGCAACAAACGUAGUAAUAGGCUGAAGAGAUUCGAAAUUCAGUCGUAUUAGUCCAUCUUCAUCAAUGCAAGAACAGAGCCUUGUUCUUUGGUUUAGCCGUCAUUUUCCCGGUAAUUCCUUGUUCUUCUGUUAGCCCUAGUACUUCCCGCCAUAAAAAUGCUUUCAUUUAAAUGAACCGAAGAAUUUCACGGGCCGGAGGCAGAGAGUGAAUAGAGCUAAAGCCCAUUGUUGAUGUUUGAGCCCAAAGUAAGCCCAACACGCUGAGAUUGUACUCGGGAUAAAAUUAUAU